AUGGCAUCCUACCUCUCACGAUUAAGCCCAAUUCCAGGCUUUCCGGAAUAUACUGGACCUUACAAAGUAGGAACAAUUGAUGUCGAAAUUCCCAUUUCAGAACUCGAUUCACCAGCCAAAGCACCAAGUAAUGCAGGAAAUAUUCCAACAAUUCAAUAUCGAAUCUUUUACCCAUGUGAAGCGGAAUCAAAACAUAAAGGAAAGAGUGUACAUUGGAUACCUGCGCCGCAGAGAGAUUAUAUAAGUGCAUAUUCGAGAUUUCUGGGAGCUGGGAGUACAUUGGCAGAGGUUAUCUCAUAUUUCCCCAGACUCCUUCAUUAUGUUACAAUCCCCGUCCGCAAAGAUGCACCACUUCUUCAACCAAUUACAAGUAAUCACCGUUGGCCUGUUAUGAUAUUCUCGCAUGGCUUGGGUGGUUCAAGAAAUGCAUAUUCACAUAUAGUAGGAUCAGUGGCAAGUCAUGGGAUGAUUGUCAUUGCACCCGAACAUCGAGAUGGCUCAACACCUAUAUCAUAUAUUCGAGAACCCUUUUCCGAUGCCUCCGCAAUAGGAAAGGAGAGACAUUUCAAGAAGCAUGCCAAAAGUACCAUUGAAUAUGUCAAAUUAUCACAUACACCGAGUCCGGAAGUCGAGGAUGGAAGAAAUGCGCAAUUAAAGAUUCGACUUUGGGAGAUGGGUUUGAUUCAUGAGAGUUUAUUGAAGUUGGAUGAGGGGAAGAAACUUACGAAUCUUAAUACAUCUUCGACUUCAUUAUCGGUAUUCAAAAAUCAAAUGCAUAUUCACGAACCUGGUAAAAUUACUUUUGCAGGACAUUCUUUCGGGGCAGCAACAGUGGUGCAGUUUGUGAAAUCAGUAUUUUACGCACCAGAGUCCUCUUCAGCCUCAAAGUCUUAUAAACCGGUUUAUGAACCAUCUCCAAAAUCCUCUAUCUGUUCACAAAUUACGCCAAAUAAUCCAAUUAUACUACUGGAUUGUUGGUGUUUUCCCCUCCGCUCUCAGGCAACCCGCUGGCUAUGGGAUCGACCUCUCCCAUCAUACGCAUCUUCUGGUCCCGGUGGCUCUGCAAUUCUCGCCGUCGAAUCACAAGCCUUCUACAAAUGGACCGAGCAUUUCAAUGCAACCAAACGACUUCUUUCCGCAGACCCAUCUUCACAUCAUCCAUCCAGUAAUGGAACAUCAGAACCACAUUUCUACUAUCCUACAUCCAGUGCUCAUCUUAGUCAAUCAGAUUUCGGCGUGCUUUUCCCUUGGGUCACGAAAAAAGUCUUCGCGGCAGAGGAACCCGAGAGAAUUAUGAGAUUGAAUGUUAGAGCAAUGAUGCAAUUACUUAGGAAAAGAGGAGUCGAAGUUUCUCAAACUUGUAAAGAAGAUUUGGAACUUGAAGGAGAUGGGGAUGAAGUGGAAACGAAUGAUGAUAAGAAAAUCUUUGGAAAGGAUGGAGGGAUUAGGGGUUGGAAUUGGUUGAGUAUUUCUGGAAGUGAAGCGGGUGCUGGUACUGGUGUUGGUGCAAGGGUAGAUGAGGGUGAAGAAUCGGAGAUCGCGGAUAAAAAGUUGGAUGGGAAACAAGUUGAGGUUGGGACAGGGGGAGAGGGGGAGGAAGAGGGAGAGGGAGGGAGGGGGAGAGUUGGAGGAGAUGGGAAAAUUGGAAAACCAAUGGGUGUGGUGCCGACGGAAGUGGUGAUGGAGAAUGAGAUUGGUGUUGGUGUUGGUGCUAGUGCGGGAUCGAAAUUAUGA